UGCUCAUCUCUACACUACCACACAAAUCUUAGUUCAUCUUUAUCUAACUCCUAUGCCAAGCCUCUCUCGUUCUGGUUGUCUUUCAAGUAUUUUUUUCACAAUCUUAUACUUUCAGGUUAUUCCGUUCCUUUGAGAAGAAUCAUAAAAUCAAGCCUUUAACAUUAUCUUCUUGGGUGGAGUUCCUCAUUUCCACACUACCAAACAAUCCUCAAGCUACCUCUUCUACCAAGCCUCUCUGGCUCUGGUUGUCUUAUGCUUCUGGCUUAUUCAGUUCUUCUUUCAGAAGAGUCAUAUAAUUAAGUCAGGUUUGCAAUGGAAUAUGUGGAUGCAAUACUAACUAGCAUUGGGCUAUUGAAAGAUAUGUGGUCAUCUAUUUCUGAUUGCUUCAAUUAUCAGAAAAUCCUUGAUGAGAAUUGCACAACUCUAAGAGAGAAAAUGGAAAGACUCAAGUGUCGUGAACAUGAUAUCAACAUUGAAUUAGAAGAUGCACAAUAUGAUCACCGAAAGAAGGAAAAGAAAGAGGUUGAAAAUUGGUUGAUUGAACUGCAACAUAUGAAAGAUCGCACACAGAAGAUAGAACAAGAAGCUACAAAGAAAAGAUGGUUCUCAAGAUUAAGGUUCUUAAGCCAGUUUGAAGCCAAUAUUAAAAAGGUAGAUGAGCUGCUUGAGUUGGGCAAAUUUCCUGAUGGGAUUUUAAUUGAUGUGCAUCAAGAUGAAGGAAUGACAUUGUUAACAACACAGCUAAUAGGUGAAACUACAGCCAAAAGAAAUUUGGAGAAGAUUUGGGCAUGCUUAGAGAAAGGUGAAAUCCGAAGCAUUGGUGUUUGGGGAAUGGGGGGGAUCGGCAAAACAACUAUCAUUACCCAUAUUUACAAUCGCCUCUUGGAAAAUAGUAGCACUUUCGGCCAUGUAUAUUGGGUGACUGUUUCCAAAGAAUCAAGUACUCGCGACUUGCAGGAUGCUAUUGCUAAAAAGUUAAAUAUAGAUUUUUCAGAAGAGGGAGAUGACAAUAAAAGGUCUGCAUUAUUAUUCAAAGCAUUGCAGAAACUAAAAAAAUUUGUUCUUAUAUUUGAUGAUAUGUGGGAAGUUCAUGAACCUGAACAGGUUGGAAUUCCUCUUGGAGUUGAUGGAGGAAAACUGAUCAUAACCACCAGGUCAAGAAAUAUCUGCUUAAGAAUAGGGUGCGAAGAAAUUAUCAAAGUUGAGUCGUUUUGUAUAGAGGAAUCAUGGGAGCUCUUCAACAAGACGCUUGGGCGAUACAGUGCACUUAAAGGAGAAGAAGAAGAAAUAGCUAAAGAUAUUGUCAAGAAAUGUGCCGGUUUACCUCUUGCCAUCGUCACAACAGCCAAAAGCAUGAGGGGUGUGUAUGAUAUUUGUGAAUGGAGGAAUGCUUUGAAUGAAUUGAGGGGACGUACGCAAGGGCUCACAAUUGACAUUGAAAAUGAUGUGUUCAAGAUCUUGGAAUUCAGUUACAAUCGCUUGAAUGAUGAAACACUCCGGGAAUGUUUGUUGUAUUGUACAUUAUUUCCGGAGGAUCAUAUGAUUAGAAGGGUGUUUUUGAUCAAAUGUUGGAUUGGUGAGGGGAUGGUAGGAGAAAUCCCAACAAGGCAAGCAGAGUUUGAUAGAGGGCAUGCAAUACUAAACAAACUUGAAAAUGUGUGUUUGUUAGAAAGAUGUGAGAAUGGAAAAUGUGUAAAGAUGCACGAUUUGAUUAGAGACAUGGUUAUCAACAUUUCAAAAAGGAAUUCUCGAUUCAUGGUGAGAGCUAGUAGAAAUCUAAAUGACCUCUCGAGUGAGAUACAAUGGUUAGAAGAUCUAGAAAGAGUUUCUUUAUUGAAUAGCCAACUUUCUUCAUUGAAAUCAGUACCAAACUGCCCUAAGCUUUCUACCAUGAUACUUGUAAGUAAGUCUGGUCCAGAUGAAGGUCUUCCAAAUGCCUUCUUUGUGCAUAUGCCGAGCCUCAAAGUUUUGGACUUGUCAUAUUCAAACAUUUCUUCUUUACCAGAUUCUAUCUCCAACUUGGUGAAUCUUCGAGCUCUAUUUCUUUUCCAUUGCGACAAAUUAAAUCAUGUACCUUCAUUGGCAAAGCUUAAAGAGUUGAGGGAGUUGGAUCUUAGUGAGAGUGGAAUGACAGAGUUACCUGAUGGGAUAGAGCAAUUGGCCCUCCUUAAAUGUCUUGCUUUCCGAGGCCUAUCCAUUAAAGAUAUGUCUCUAAAUAGGGCACUGCCCAAUCUUCUUCAUCUGCAGUGUCUAAGACUUGAUGAUAUGAGAUUUUUCAUUGUAGGAAUAGAGGAGCUGAUUGGAUUAAGAAAGUUGGAGAUCCUUUGUAUCAAUCUUUCUAGCCUGCACAAGUUUGAUAGCUACAUGAGAACAAAGCACUACCAGAGACUCACCCACUACUACUUUCAAAUAUGUGGGGGAGUUUGGCCACCUGGUAAUUCCCCUGGCAGAGAAGUAGACAACUACCAACGAUGGGAUGGAGGUCCGCGACUUAGAAAUUCUCUUGGCAAAGAAAUAGCUUUGUUUAGAUGUGAGCUGAAUCAAGGAAGAGAAGACAAUGAUGAAUGCCAACUUAUGCUUCCUACCAAUAUCCAGCUAUUGGAGAUAACAGAAUGUAGUCUUCCAACUUGCCUACUGGAUGUUUCUCCAUCUCUAAAGAUUGCCAGAGAUUUGAAAGUAUGUUCCAUAUCAAAAUGCAAGGGGGUAGAACACUUAUGGUGCAUGGAGGACUGCGUUGCCUCAUUAAAUAGUUUGUACCUUGAUGGAUUGCCAGACUUAAAUGUCCUCUUCAAGUCCGGACCAAUAAAUAUUGUAAGUUGUUCCAGUCUCAAGCACUUGGAAGUGAAGCGUUGUGGCAAUCUCAAGCACUUGUUCACACAUGAGUUAGUGAAUCACCACCUCCAAAAUCUUCAAACCAUCUAUGUCAACAGUUGCAAGCAAAUGGAGGAUAUAAUAGUAGCAACAGAGAUUGAAGAAGAAGGGGAAGAAAUUGAUGAAAUGAAUAAUCUCCUCCUCUAUUUCCCCAACUUAAAGAGGUUGACAUUGCUAGAUUUACCAGAAUUGAAGAGCAUAUGGAAGGGAACAAUGACUCAUGAUUCUUUGCAAGAACUUGAAGUAUGGAACUGCCCAAAGCUUAGAAGGCUACCUCUUUCGGUGCAUAUAACCGAUGGUGAUGGAGAAAGACGAGCUUCAACAUCGCCCCUCAAAAAAAUCAUGGGAGAAGUAAACUGGUGGGAAAGCUUGGCAUGGGAUACACAUCCUCAUGCCCAAUUUGUUUUUCAACCCCUACCUUCUUAUAUUCUAGAUCUUCUCUGGGGAUUAAACAAGGCAUCCCAGUCAACUGCUUUAUCAAAGAUUCUCAAACAAAAUAUCACAACGUUGAUAGCUGAGACAAUAUGAAUUCUAAUCGAGAAGAUUCUUGGAAAGGACAACAUGGUAGUAAAAUGCACAAAAACUUAAUAUUUUACAUUGAUCAUUUUAUGAACAACUUCAAAAAACUGAAAGUUCCAAACUUCAUUGUGUGAUUUAAGCCGAAUUGUAGGCUAUUUCUAUCUAUUUGUAUUACUCUUGAAAUAUUAUUUUUCAGUUACUUAUCAUAUUGUGCUUGUAUUUGCUA